AACAAGAAGAAGAAGAAGAAGAACUCUGUUUCCCGUGAUGCUCUGGUGUUAAACCCUUACGUGACUUGACGCUUUUUUCACCGAUUGUUGAUGACGACGGCAGACAGCGCAGGUCAGGAGCUGAGUGGUGUUACAGGGAGGAGGAGCGCCUGCCAGCAGAACAUAUUUUCUCUCCGGCGACCUGCUCUCAAAAGACGGAAGAACAAUACGAUAACCGAAUGAAGCUAAGCUAGUGGGAAAACCUUUGGACUAUAGGCGAGUUGACGCAGGUUCAAGAAACGCCUCUAACAUUGUUUUGAAGGCCUGUUGCUAGUUACAGGGAAUCCUCGGGCUAACCCGGCAGACACCGGGCCGAGAGAGCGCAGGGGACCUGGACAGGAGCUCCCUACGUUGGUUUGUCGACCAGGUUUUACUGACCCUGGCUGCUUUAUCUUAUAAUAAAACAAAGACGUGACCUCUCCUGCUCUUCUGUGGCCGUUAUGAAUCAGCGUAACUCCAAACGCUCACAGUUUGACAGCUAGCUAACAUUAGCUCUCCUGUGUUUACAAGCUAGCUCAGCUCACAUCGAUUGAAAAAGUUGAUAGUAAGGUGUUUGUUUUAGGUGGGAUUUGCAUAUUUGGGUGCUACCACCCGCUUGCUAGCUGGUGAUUUGUAUCCUUGUUGUACUUCUCUCUAUUCCGACUGAAGGUCGCCAGCCAGGCAGCCAGAUCAAAAGGUCUCCUUAGUAAGGUUAUCACAUCUCCGGGCUUAUCUACUGCAGCACAAAGUUUGUUGCCUUGUUUGAAGGGAAGGAAUUUACUUCACUGAGUUGAUUUCCAAAGCUACGUUUAUCCAUUUGAAAGACUGUAUCCCGGAUGAAGGCUCCCAGAGAAGAGUGGAUUUUGGUGCUGUCAGGACUUACAGGUGUCACCUGUUCUUCUUGGCAUUAUUAAUCUCUCACGGCAUCCAACAUCUGCUGCACCAGAAGCAACUGAUCUGCUGUCUUGCUCUCUUGAGCUGAUUUGCUCAAGAAGGAUCAAAAAUAGACCACAAUGAAUCGUUACCUGCCGGUGGCUCGACAGCACUUCCUGGCUGCCCUUGCCAGCACCAGUGUGGUGGUAAAAAGUAUAAGUGCUGUGGUGGUUCUGCUCUAUCUGUUGUCAUGGGCUGUCGACACUCCAUACGCACUCGGGGUGACCCCAGGAUACCUUUUUCCACCCAACUUCUGGGUGUGGACACUAGUGACCCAUGGGGUGGUGGAGCAGCACAUCUGGGGUGUGGCGGCCAAUGUGGGGACAGUCAUGGCCUGUGGGCGCCUGCUGGAGCCUCUGUGGGGGGCUCUGGAGCUCCUGAUUUUUUUUGCAGUGGUUAACAUCUCAGCAGGCCUCCUGGUAGGCCUCUCCUACCUCCUCACCUAUGUUGCCACCUUUGACCUGGACUACCUGUUUGAUGUUCGUGCCUACGGAGCAGCCGGGUUCCUGGGAGGUGUCCUGGUGGCGCUGAAGCAGACCAUGGGGGAUACUACAGUGCUCAGAGUGCCACAGGUGAGACUCAAAGCAGCACCGGCUUUGGUCCUCCUCCUCCUGGCCUUACUGCGCCUGUCGGGUCUGCUCGACAGCUCUGCUCCCCUGGCUGCAUACAGCUUUGGUGCCCUGUCCGGCUGGGUCUACCUACGCUUCUACCAGAGGCACAGCCGUGGCCGCGGGGAUAUGUCGGACCACUUUGCCUUUGCUAGUUUCUUCCCUGAGGCGCUUCAGCCGGCCGUGGGGCUGCUGGCAGGGCUGGUCCACGCUGCCCUGGUCAAGGUGAAGGUUUGCAGGAAGAUGGUGAAGAGAUACGACGUGGGGGCGCCUUCAUCUAUCACUAUCAGUCUGCCAGGGACGGACCCACAAGAUGCAGAAAGGAGGAGACAACUGGCCCUCAAGGCUCUGAAUGAACGUCUAAAGCGCGUGGAGGACCAGUCCGCCUGGCCCAGCAUGGAUGACGAGGAAGACGAUGACGACGACGAGGUCAGAACCGACACACAGCCGCUCCUCCCGGGUGGGCGCGACGCUUCCUCUAUGCCAAGACCAGCAGGGGGAGCCGUCGGCGCCUCUCUCUCCUCCACCUCCUCGUCCUCGAUGUCACAGAGCAGCGGAGGGCCAUCCACAGGCGGAGCACAGCACCCGGAGUCCAGCAUUAUCAGCUUCGAGGACGCACCUUCUAGAUCGUAACAAAUAGAACACACGUGUAAAAGAUACGCACGCUCUGAUCGGUGUCACUGGCAGGUAUACUAGUGUAUUCAGCGUCCCUGGCUAGUAUACGAGUAUGUUCAGCGACAGUAGGUAUACACUCGAUAUUGCACACAGACAGACACACACACACAUAUUCAUAAAUGCUACAUUAACACACUGUUAAUGUCAUCCUGAAGCCCAAGGCGGUGGUAACUGUACAGUGCUUUCAGUUCAGACAUGGUUGUAAAGGCUUAGUGUAGUUGGGCAAACUGGACUCUAAAUUCUUCUCUUCCUUCCUGCAUACAACCUAAAGUCAACCAGAAUUUCUGUCUUGUCUGGAUUUAAUCCCAACUCGCAGCGCUCGGUUUACUGCUUCAUGUGUCUCUUUCUCUUGCUUUCUAAAUAAAUAACAAAAUGGGUGUACAAUAUUAUUUUUUAUUUUUUUUUGGAGCAGCCAUUGUUGUUCUCCGAUUGCCUGUCAGUGACAGAGACUUACGCUGACUUCUUGAUGAAAGGCCAACUGUACGCGCACCAGUUUGAGAAGCGCUGGAAAAAAUGGCUGCAACUGACAUUUCGUUUUUGGUUCACUGGUUUUCGAUACGCGACCAGUUGUGUAACAGAGGAAGCACGACUCAGCAGAGGUGAUGGACUGCUGCAGGUGCGUCCUGCCGGUGAUACAAAACUUCACAUAUGAAGAGGUGCCAGGAAGAAAGAAUUUCCCGGACCAGGUUCUUACGCCGCCUGGUGUCUCUCUGGAGCAGCAGGCAGAGAAAUGGACCGUGUACUUUUUUAUCCGCCUUUUAUCGUUCAAUUGGAGAUUUCUUUCCUUCUGGGUUGUUCAUGACUAAACAAAAUCAAAAACACAUUUUAUUUCUGUGCACUAACUAACGGUGUUAGACGCACACACAGAUCUGUGGAUGAUUAUGAUUCUUGUUUUACGAGUUAUGGGUCGAUUAUAUUUUUUUAGGUUAAUAUCAAGCCUAUCCCUGGAGCAUCAUCCCAUACACUUCCACCUUCUCGGGUGUGAAAUACGAGAAUCAGCAAUAGCUAUUCAAGUUUCUGAGUACAUGUGAUAGAGAGAAGUGCUGGCUGGUUGUGUUUGGCGCUAUUACAAAUGCAGAGAAGUGCAGGAGAAGGGUAGAGGGCGGACGUGACGGUUAUGCACAGACUGCAGUUUUUUUUAGAGUUUCAGAUUCAGAGUUUGUAUCUGUGCUCUGUCAAAUAUGUUGUGUCUCAGACUCCUGAGGAUAAAUGACUCCACAGACAGCGGGCGCCUGCAUUGAUCAGUCAUCAGCCUGGCUAGGAUUUCCCAGUCGCAUCCUUUACACUCGCAACAUCUUUCAUUUCUUAACUCAUGCCAAGCAGGGCCAGUGGUGAAUCAUUAUCUAGGGAGGUUGAUGGGCAGCUAAAUUGUUUCCUCCAAACCACUUCAUAAAUUCUAUGCAGACCAAAAGGUCAGUGAUUCAUUCAUUUUGCAGACUCGUCGCUGUAGAUGUCACAGUCUAUUACAGUCAUGAUCAAAACAUUGAAUUCCCCAUUUCUCACCUGUCCUUGUUGAUUAAAGCCAGUCACAGCCAAUAAUUUAUUUCAGACCUUGCGAUCACAGCGAUGACAAAUGGAUAAAUUGCUUUUGAACUUGUGAACUCGACAGGGUUGAUAACGUUUCCAAAUUUUAAAAAAAUUCUAUAACAAGGAGCAUAAAGUAUGUAACGUUGCUCACUUCAUCCUUUGCCCUGCAGAGGUCUCGUCAGUUUGUGAAGGAGUUUCUGCAACAACAGGCCCAAUAUAUGAAGUUGCCAAUGCUUUUAUUUCACACACACUCUUGGAAACUAAAAUGACAAGUGCCAUUUGGUUUUUAUUUAACUCAUUACCUAAGCAGAUGGCUUCCUUCAGAAGCAUUACAAAUGAAGAAUUUCAAAUCUGGAAACUACACAAAAAUGUUUGAAUUAAAUACAGAAAUGUGUUGUUACAUGUUUAAUUCAAAUACAAAGCAGUUCUGUUUUUCCUUUUUAAUAAUAUAUUUGUUUUUUGACAAAUAUUCUUGCAGCGGCCUUACUGAUCAAUUUAUUUGCCACUGGCUUACACUAAAUUUAAAAAUAAAUCAGCUGGUUACUUGUAGCAUCUCCAUAAUAUAUCCUCUUCAGUGUCUGCCCACAAGUAGUGGCCUGUGUGAUUUUGGGAUUGGAUAUGUUCCAAAUAUGAGUACCCAGAAAUAUUUUUAAUGCUUAUCAACAAUCUUAUUUAAUACCCCAGGAACACUAUGUAACGGUUUUAUUGGAAUUUGUCAAAUGGAAACAAAAUGUUAAAAGAAACAGUUAUGUAAGUCUGGUUCCUGGUCAGUUUUCUCUGAGUGGUUCAGUGGAAACCUUCAGCCCACAGACUUUAACUUGGCUGACACAUUAAAAAGUGCAGUUUUGAGGAAGAAAAUCACAAGAUUCACUUUUUGACAGAUAGCGGUGUGGUGUGCAAAGCUGUGGAAUGAGCGAUAAUGUCACCAGUGUAUGAACAUGUGCUUCUGGGAAAACACCUGAUGAAUUGAAAAAAAGUCACAUUAGCUGUCUGAUAUUCAAACUUGCAAUGACUUUUGUUUUAUCACCCCUUCCUAACUCCAUGCUGAUGCUUUAAAAUUGACAGUGUAUCCCAGAUUUAUGUUAGGAAGUACGGCAGAUUCAGAUUCAAUGUGUAGAGUUUGCUUAAGUCCAAGCAAUGAUAAACGGUUGCUUUUCCCCUGAUGGAAAGGUGUUAUGUAUGGGAAGUGAUAAGCCAUAUUAGAGUGAAAUUCUGUGUGAUCUAUCCUGUGUUUCUUCUUGUUCCUUCUGCUCAUUUUACUGUGCUCUUAUUUUGGCAACAAGAUGUUUACGUUGGAUGAGUGGGGGCCAUUCUUUUAAUUAAAUAUGAAUGAGCUGAAGGGAAUGAGAGCUGAGUAAAAUCCAGCAUCAGAGUGCAGAAGGUUGAGCUGCAGUCAGAUAUCUCGCUCCACUACAAACCGCUUUUUACCAUCAAAAGUAUUCACAGUAGCGAUGGAAGAAAAGUGUCAAUACAAACCCAUACAUACAGUAAUUACAGCAUAAUCACAGUUUUAUGGUGUCAUUCUCUUAGUAUUUUAAUUGCAAGUUACUCUCCUUUUUCAUUGUAGCUGCUGGCACAACUCCGCUUGAAUCCCACAAAAAAACAGCAGUGUUGCAAAACACAUUCUGAACAUGGCUGCCUGAUGACAACUGUGAAGUUGUGUAAUCCGGUAAAGUUAUGUUAUAGUUGGCAUUCUGAGGUUUCACGUCGAGCCUGGUCACUCUGACUUCCAGCCAAACCUCCACUCUUCAUCCCUGUUCCCUUUUGUUUUUCUGUGUUUGCAUAUGUUCUGGCUGUAAACAUCCUCAAAGAGAAGAAUUGAUUGCAGUCAUGUUCCGUCUGUGUGAAUAAUGCCAGUUUACAGUUGCUGUUGACAAACUAGAAAAAGCCACAUGCGAGGAUAAUGAGAGGUGUGACUGGGUUUGUCAGUGGCCAAACCCUUAAAGUCAAUGAACAAGCAUUUAAUUGCUGCAAUUGUAAUGUGGCUUUGUACGCGGUUCAUAACUGUUUUGUUCUGUACACCUAUUUCAUUAUUAAAGAUACACCACAUGCA